AUGGGCGCAACUCCCAUGGUUGAUGCCGUUCGCGGUAUCACCCUCUGUGUGGCUAUCUUGUGCACAACGUUAUAUAUCCGACGGUUUGUGGUGAAGUCAUUUGGCCUUGAUGACUACCUCGUGAUUCUCUCUUUGAUCCUGGUCAACGGCUUCUCUGCCCUCGCAUACACAAUCACCUACUAUGGCCUGGGCGACCACCAACGCAACGUUAUAGCAAGGGGAGACCUGGUCGUAUGGCUCAAGAUAUACUAUGCCGCCCUCUGCAGCUACCUCGUCGUAGCGGCAGCCGUAAAGCUCAGCCUCAUAGCUUUCAUAAUGCGCGUCUUCCCCCAGCGCUACGUCCAGCGCAUAGGCUACGGCAUCAUCGCCUUCAUAGUCGCCUUCACGCUCUCCGGCGAACUUUUACUGGCCUUUCAGUGCAAGCCCGUACACGCCUUCUGGGACAAGACAAUCCUCACAGCGGAAUGCUUCACGAACGAUACACUCUUCGCAAUCACAAUGUAUCAAGGCGUGCUCAUGUUCAUCUGCGACGUUGUCAUCAUUGUGCUCCCCAUGCCGGCAAUCUGGCGCCUGCACAUGGCCUUGAAGAAGCGGCUUCUGAUAUUUUUCUUGUUUAGUUUUGGCUUCAUCGCCUGUGCUGCCGCGCUGGUGCGCUUCACAACCCUGGUGUAUACCAAGGAUGCGACCGAUAUGACUUCAAUGUCGCUAAUCUGGAUGGAAAUCGAAUUCAACUUUGGGCUUCUCGCGGGCUCGCUCGGCUCAAUCCGGCAGCUCUUCAAGAUAAAGUCUAUCUUCAGCAGCCAGGAGCAAUACGGGUCCUCGCGCCGGUACGAGCUGCAGGAUAUUGGUGCAAGCGGUGGGUCCGCAUCGGCGAAUUACCCCAGCAAGAACAAUCGGCACACCUGGAGAAAGGGCGAGGGGAUCCUCAAGUCCUUGGAGGUUACAACGACAGUUGAUGAGUAUCGCCCCGACGAUGGAUCUGAGGGGAGAAUUGUGGGGAGCUCCGAUAGCCAGGAGCAUAUUGUCCCGGUAAAUGGGGGAAGUGGAAAUGGGAUGAUAUAUGGCCAGGGGGAUUCAAUAAGGGUUGAUGUUAGGAGUGGGGGGAUGAUCAGACUUUGA